AUGGCCCCCGCUAUGACAACGUCAGCGGAAGUGGCUGUGGCUCUAACAAAUACAUCAUCAGCCCCAAUGAUGAUGGACGAUGGUAAUAUGAGCAAUAUGACCAUAUCGCCAAUGGAGCCUAUGGCCAUGACAUUCUUCUCCUCCCAGAAUACUUCGCUUUUCUCUCAGGCAUGGACACCAUCGACAACAGCUUCCUAUAUCGCCACUUGCAUUUUUCUUUUACUACUUGGUGCUGUUAUGCGUGGCAUGCUAGCCAUCAAACCAGUAAUAGAGAACGCGAUAUGGAAGCUUCAGUCAAAGAAACAUGAAAUGCUUCUUUCAGAAGAAGAUUGCAGCGAGGGUAUCGACUAUAUGAAGCAUCAUGGUCAUAUACGAGAUGGCGAUGUAGCAAUUGGAGGCUUAUAUGGCAUCCUCCAGGGAAUGGUAAAGCGGUGGCGACCCUGGAGAUUUAAGCCGAGCGUAUCGCGAGCUCUUUACGAAACGUUGUUAAGUAUAACUGGGUAUCUACUAAUGCUUGCUGUUAUGACAAUGAACAUUGGUUACUUCUUCUCAGUUAUAGCCGGUGUGUUUCUGGGUACUUUCGUGUUGGGGAACCUGGCGACCAAUAGUGCAUUAUAUGAGGAAAAUCAUUGUUGA